UUGUGAAGAGGGUGAGAGGAGUUUGUGUUUUUGGACGACCGAUUCCUUGCGUGGAGCGAUCGAUCGAAGGCUAAGUUUAAAAAUUCCGGGAAAUUUGAGGUCUCUUUUGCGAAGUUUCGGCACCUGCCCCCAAUUUGGGGCGUGGACUCGAGGUUAGAUCGCCUCGAGAGCGAAUUUGGGGGGAUUCGCUGCGUUUCUCCUGUCGAUUUCGAGUCGAUUCGAGGUUAGAUCGCGGAUUCAGCGGUUAAUUUUGUCUUAAUGCGGCCUAAUUUGGAGGAAUUUGUGAGUCUUUUGAGCUAAAUUGGUCGGAUCUUUUGCUCCAGCUACAGUUUUGCAGGUCGAGUCGUUACAUUUGGUAUCAGAGCCAGUUCACCAGCCGAAAAUGUGAGAUGUGCCGAAAGUAUAAGAUGAGUUUUGACUGAGUCAGGAUCGGAAUGACAGACAAAGGAAUAUAUUUAUUGUAAUCCUUAUGAAGGAAGCAUGAGGGUUUCUAUUUGCAAAUAGAACAUUAUUAGUCCAGAAGAAGAAAAGAAAAGAAGAGGGUGCUACAUUUUGAAGGCUCUUACUGCAGUAUUAUACAUUUGUUGGUUUAGAUGUCGUUUCGAAGCAUAGUUAGGGAUGUUAGGGACAGUUUUGGGAGUUUAUCAAGGCGGAGCUUUGAGGUGAGGCUUUCUGGGUUACCGGGUCUAAGUCUAGCUGGGCACCAUCAUCAUCAUAGGGGAAAAUCUCAUGGAGCUGUGCAUGAAGUGCACGAUUCUCCUGAAGUGAUUCAGACAAGCCGUUGGGCUAGCCUUCCUCCAGAGCUACUUCGCGAUGUGAUUAAGAGAUUGGAAGCAAGUGAAAGUGUUUGGCCAGCACGAAAGCAUGUCGUGGCUUGCGCGGGCGUUUGUAAAGCAUGGAGGGAGAUGUGUGAGGAGAUUGUGAGGAGCCCAGAGUUUUGUGCGAAGCUCACCUUUCCUUUAUCUCUGAAGCAGCCCGGACCUCAUGAUGGAAUGAUCCAAUGUUUUAUAAAGAGGGACAAAUCAAAGCUAACUUAUCACCUUUACUUGUGUCUUAGCCCUGCAGCCGUGCUUGUUGAGAGUGGAAAGUUCCUUCUAUCAGCUAAAAGGAAUCGUCGGACAACCUGCACGGAAUACAUAAUUUCGAUGGACGCGGACAAUAUUUCAAAGUCAAGCAGCACGUAUAUCGGAAAACUACGGUCAAAUUUCCUCGGCACCAAGUUCAUAAUCUAUGACACCCAGCCUCCAUACACCAACUCUGCCGCCCUCUGCCCACCCAGCGGGCGAACCAGCCGCCGAUUCUCCACCAAAGUGUCCCCGAAAGUCCCGACGGGAACGUACCCAAUUGCGCAGGUGACCUAUGAGCUGAACGUCCUCGGCACCCGCGGUCCCCGCAAAAUGCACUGUGUUAUGCACUCCAUCCCGGCCUCUGCCCUCGAGCCUGGCGGCUCCGUCCCGAGUCAGCCGGACCGCCUCCUUCCCCGCCUGUUGGAGGAUUCCUUCCGCACUGCCUCCUCUAUCACCGACCGCUCGAUCGACUUCAGUAGCUCUCGGUUCUCUGACAUCAUCGGCGAAGCCCUAACUCGUGAUGGGGGCGAGGAGGAGGGUGCAAAAGGAGUCCAGCCCUUGGUGCUCAAGAACAAGCCGCCGCGGUGGCACGAGCAGCUGCAGUGCUGGUGCCUCAACUUCCGAGGGCGGGUAACGGUCGCAUCGGUGAAGAAUUUUCAGCUCAUCGCCGCAACUCAGCAGCCUGCGGCGGCCACAGUGCCCCCACCGCCGGCGACGUCUUCUUCUGACCAUGAUAAGGUCAUUCUACAGUUCGGGAAGGUCGCGAAGGAUAUGUUCACGAUGGAUUACCGAUACCCGCUCUCAGCAUUCCAGGCUUUUGCUAUUUGUUUGAGCAGCUUCGACACCAAGUUGGCUUGUGAAUAGAAAAGAACCAGGUGAGGGGGGCGCCCACCACUGGUAGUUUGAAACUGGUUUAACUCAUCUUAGUUGUCAAAUUGUGUUUAAACUGAAACCACGCUUUGGAUAUCGAAAACAUUCAAUCAUUUCUGGUCUCGUUAA